AUGCGCGGUGGCCUUUAUCAUUGGACCAUACGCAUUGAGCGAAAAUGCACUAGUCGACCGCAGCUCCAACUCGGCAUCCAUGGUGCCAACCAUAAUCAACCAUGGCGUUUGGUCACUACAUCCCGGUGCUCGUGGUCCCGAGACGAUGAGCCAUGGCAAGAUCGUGCUGGGGGUGACAGGAGGGUAGUGCAGAAAGAAUUAUCACAGCUCGGGGUGGUAGAGGGCUCGAUGGCGCGUCGAACCCGCUCUGCUGGGCUGGGCUUUACAUUUGCCUGUUCCCUGGCGCUUUUUGCAGCAUCUGCCUUCGUUGGCAGUUGGAAGCUUCAAGCAAGAGCGUGCCCCUCCAGAUUGGCUGCUGGGGCGACUGCCAGCCCAGCCGUCAAGCUUUACCAGUUCGAGAGUUGCCCUUUCUGCAGCAAAGUCCGUGCGUACUGCGAUUACAAUGGUGUGAAGCUCAAUAAGAUCGAGGUAAAUCCUGUGACGAAAGCCCAAAUUGAUGGUGUGGCGGGUGACUACAAGAAGGUCCCCAUUGCAGACGUUGAUGGCGAGAUUGUGACAGGAUCAGCAGACAUCAUCCGAAAAAUAGGUGCUGUCAUCGGCAGCAGCGAGACAGAAGCUGAUGCGGAGUGGGGCCAGUGGGUAGAUUCAACACUAGUGAAGACACUUCCGCCCAACAUCUAUCGCACUCCAGGCGAAGCUCUACAAAUCGCCGGCAAGGUUGGCGACAGUUUUGACCCCGUCUCAGGCACGGUCGCCAAGUAUUUCGGUGGUGCCGCCAUGUUUUUCGUGGCCAAGAGCAUGGCCAAAAAGGCCGGCAUUGCCGAAGGUAAAGAAAGGGAAGCCUUGUACGAAUCAUGUGCGAAGUGGGCUUCGGCCUUGGGUGAAAAGCCCUACUUGGCCGGAGAGAAGCCUGGAAUGGCAGAUUUAGAGGUUUUUGGAGUUCUUGCAAGUGUCGAGGGCACAGAUACACAUGCAGACAUGCUGGCAAACACCGGCAUUUCUUCGUGGUAUGACCGCAUGAAGACAGCCUGCGGUCGUGUCUCUACGGGUCUCUGUUUGAGUUUCAGGACUGCGUUGUCCAAACCCUGCAAUGUCAACAGAUGUAGGGGAUUUGACGGAAAGCUGAAAGUCCUGUAG